CUCCAACGCAGGGUUUUAAUGCAAUAUUUGUUGGGCUCUCUUGAUAAUUUGAAUUACAAAUAAAUCAAAAUUGAAUUAAACUGAGAGAGGCGUUUCUCUGAAGAGAGUUUUUGAGGGAACGAGAGAGGCGACAGGUGUCGCUAAUUGAUUUGUUGUGAAGUUUUAACAAAACAAAAAAAAAGUAGCGUUUCAUUUUUUUGUUCGAAAGAGAUAAUCACUUUCUUUCUCUGUCUCUCUCUCUCGUGAUAAUGAAACCGGCGGUGAACUCUUGAUUUCCGAUUAGUUGACGCCGUGAUUGUGUGUAAUUGUGUUAUCUGAGGCUUCUAGACGCCGGAUUCAUCAAAACGAAAGACGGUGAAGACCAUCGGCGGAAGAGAAACCCAAUCGGAGAAUAGCAAAUCUGAUUUGGAGAGUAAUCGUUGCCGAAGUCUCCAAAUUAGGUAUGAAUCAAGCCAUUCUUGCUUGUAUAUCGUGAUUACAUGUUGUAUUUGGUGGUUUAAUCUUUCAAUUCAACAUAAGAUAAAAAUUCAGGUAAAACAAUUGUAAAACCAAUGUUGAAUAUUGAAUUUAAGAUUGAUGAAUACUGGUUUUGACUCUACCUGUUUGUUUUUUCCGAACUUGGUUUUGCGGAUCUGACAUUUCCCGUAGUGUCUUGUUCAGGUGAACAAAAAAGGUACCCAGAUGCUCUCAGGUUUACUUGAUAUAUACUUUCAAGUAAAGGAAAAUGAAGACAUAAUGCAGACUGUUGUUGCCUCGGAUAAUAAUUAUGUGGUAUGUUGUCUUUUCAGGUAUAUUAUCUUAUUACAUCAUGAACCUUUGUAGAUCAUUCAUUAAAAACUGGAUGCAUUAAGUCAUUUUAAGCCUAGCUUUCUUCUGGAACGGUAGCUAAAGCUGCUUUCUUAUUACUCUUGCUUUUUCUUUUUUUUUGGCUAAUCUUCCAAUAUUCUGAAUCUAAAGCGUACAUAAGCAUGCUUCAAUAGUAGUCAUGUAGGUUGGUGCCACUGCUUUAUAUAUAUAUAUAUAUAUAUCCUUGUGUAUAUGUCUAUGUGUUUCUUUAGUUUAAAUGAUUCUGCUGCAUGGUGUAGUCUUUACAGUUGCUAUUGUUGUUUUCUCUAUUCAUUUGAAAAGAGAUAAAGAUGUGAUAAGUUACAUAAGUAAUAGUCGGUUUUGAUACAAUGGAGAUGAUCAAGGUCCAAGGACAUGGAGCUGAGCAUUCCAUCUCGUAUUGGUUUUGGAAAUUGAAGAAAUCGAAGAUGGUGAAAGUAAAGUCGAGGAUGGAAACAAGGGCGAUGAGGAUGAAGGAGAAGACACAAGUUAUUGAAAACAAGAUCAUUCAUUUUUUUUUCAGAGAACUCUUUUAAGAAAACUUUAACAAAAAGUAAAACACAAAGCUCUCUUGUUAAUUUUUUGGAAAUUUAAUCAUAAAAAAAUGGAGAGAGUCCUUGGAGAGGCUCUCUCCACUGGAGGUGCUCUGAUACUCUUAUUAUAUUUAACAUUCGUUUUAUUCCAAUAACUCUAACCUACAUGAGCUGUAAUCUGUAGAUAUAAUCCGAAUUCUGAAAAUGAAGAAAGCUACGUGAAUCAAUAAAUGUACUCCGAU